CACGUUUCUGAUUCUCCUUUAAUUUGUUUUUGCUUCCCAUGUCGUCGGCCAGUGCUAAGCUGCAGAAACUACAGCUGAAGGUCAAAAAGAAGCUUCAAGAAUUGAUCCCUGAGAUCCUUUCCGGAUACUUAUCACAGCAAGAGUUGAUUACUGGCAAGCUUCUUCAAUCGACCAUCGACCUACCUGACCUACCUGUAUCCCUUUCCUGAUUAUGCUGAGGCCGAGAUACUCAUCGACUGAAUCGCGAAGAAUUCAAUGAGCUUCUCGCCUUCUCUUCUCGCCGUGGGCACUGGGAAGAGGCUCUUGGCCUACUUCGCCGCGCGCCACUCCUCGACGUCUCCCCCGAUGUCGCCAGCUACACCUCGGCCAUCGCUGCAUGUGCGAAGGCUAAGGGCCCGACCCAUGGGCCUGGCGUACCCACGGCCGCGGCCCGGUGGCCGCUGGCGCUGAGGCUCCUGCGCGGCAUGCUGGCGCUGAGGGCCACGCCCAACGUCUUUUCAUAUGGCGCAGCCAUCAGCGCCACUGCGAGUGCGGCCGAAUGGAAGCUUGCCAUGGAGCUCAUCCAAGAAUUGUCCCACUCACGCAUUCAACCCUCGGUGAUUUGCUGCAACGCCCUUUUGACGGCCUAUGCGAAUAGCACACUUUGGGAACGUGCUUUGCAUCUCUUUCUUCACAUGGAGAAGGAGCUGCGGGCCGAUGAUGUCAGCCUAGGCGCGGCCAUUGCAGCUUGCAGUGACUUCAGCACUUGGCCAUGGGCCCUUUCGUUGCUGUUCUCCCAACUGCGGGGCCGGCGGGGCGUUUCGGCUGUUCUCCGAGACGACCGGCCGAACGCGGUGGCCAUCAAUGCAGCUUUGCGCAGUUGUGAGAUCUCAACGGCAUGGGCAUCAGCGAUGGGAGUUCAUGCGGAGUUCGGGGAGUUCAGCUUGAGAGCCGAGGAACACAUCACCCGAGCACGUCACAUGAUGGCCAUUUGUGGCCGAGCUGGUCGAUGGGAAUGGGCCUUAUUCUUCUUUGACAGGGCGAUGAAGUAUGGUGCAAGCGAGACGUCCUACAACACCGCUAUCACGGCUUGUGAGAGAAGUGGGGCAUGGCAACAAGCAUUGAGUCUCUUUGACCAGAUGUGCUCAAAUCGCCUGGCAAGUACCAGAAGCUAUGGCUCCAUCAUCAAUGCCUUCCAGAGUUCGGCCCAGUGGCGUUUGGCAGUGCAGCUUUUGCAUCAGAUGUGGAUCGACCGCACGGAAUGGAACACCGUGACGUGCAAUGCUGCGCUGAGCAGCUGCGAAAAGGCAGGUGAGCGAAAGAUGGCACUCUUCUUGCUGCAGUCAAUGACAAGGCAGUCAGUGCAAGCAGAUGAGAUCACUUACAAUGCUGCCAUCAGCGCCUGUGAGAGAACCGAUCGAUGGGACCUGGCGCUUCAUCUGCUGGCGGAGAUGCAAUCAAAUUCGCUGCCUCCCAGUGAUACUAGCUUGACUGCUGCGAUCAGUGCCUGUAAAACUCCUGGAGAAUGGGAGCGCGCUUUACGACUCAUGGCUGGGUUCCUUCGCAGGGAUAGAUUGAUGGUACAAGUUCCAUUGCCUCACAGUCUGUUUCACAGCUCUAGAAUUGCAUCAUCGCUAGGCAUGCAGCAAGCACCUUCUACCAUCAGUACGAAUGCGCUCCUGUUCUGCCUUGCUCACGCAUCUCAGUGGGAACUGAGCUUUUCCACGAUCCUUUCGUACCAAGCGCAAAGAGACCACCUGUCGUACCAAGCUUUGAUCGCAGCUUGCCGUGCUGCUAUGAAAUGGCAAUAUGGGCUUGCGCUUUGUGAAAGCAUGCCGCAGGUUGCACAGGACUUGAGUGUGUGCAGAGCAUCGCCUGAGCGGUCCCUCAGAGACGACUGGCAGCAUUUGGCCUUCGGCACAGUGGUGCGAAGAGACCAGAUGAUACCAUCUUCAAGAUACUUCGGGCACCCGGAUCCUUGCAGAAGAAACAUCAGCGGAGCAUGGAAAGAGCAUCGGAAGCAUUCAGUCAACCUGUGACUUUAGUCAUGACCCAUAUGACCGUAUGCAUGUAAUUACU